AUGCAAGAAGAAUUAAAUUCAAGUCUUGAUUCUUUAGAAUUGGAGUUAUAUCAUAAACCAAAUACAAAGAUAAAAUCAAUACUAACCUAUUUAAGAUAACAAAAGAUUUAAUUUUGCACAGACCCCAAAAGAAAAGAGGAUAAUUACUAUUCGAAAAAUGAUAAGGAAAACGAUAGCAAAGAUUUCGGCAUAUUUAGAAACAAAUUUUAUAAAAGAAAAUCCUCAACCCAUGUGAAUUAAUUGUGA